GUGAUUCACCAAAUGACCAAAAAAGCCCUGAAGAGGGGUCUGAUAAGAAAAAAGAGAAAAAGUCUGAAGCCUUGAACAUCAGAGGUGUUCUCUUGCAUGUUAUGGGAGAUGCACUUGGAUCGGUAGUCGUGGUAAUUGCUGCUACAAUCUUCCAUGUACUUCCUCUGGGGAGUGCUCCAUGUAAUUGGCAGUGCUACAUCGAUCCAAGCCUGACAAUAAUUAUGGUGUUCAUCAUCUUGUCUUCUGCAUUCCCGCUUAUCAAGGAGACCUCAAUUAUUUUGUUGCAGAUGGUUCCCAAAGGUGUUAAUAUGCAACUACUGACUGACAGACUAGCUCGUGUACCAGGGGUUCAUAGCCUUCAUGAAGUGCAUGUUUGGGAGCUUGCAGGUGGGAAGAAUAUUGCUACUCUUCAUAUCAAGUGCCACACCCCUACCGAUUACCAAGAUGCUGCUUAUAAAAUACGGCAGGUUUUCCACGAAGCAGGGAUCCAUUCUGUGACCAUCCAGCCCGAGUACAUUGACCACAAGACCUCCCAUCUCCUGUGCAACUCUCCCUGCAUCUCAGAAGCUUGUGACUCUCAGCUGUGUUGCAGUCAGCGGAAGCGCCCUCUGCCUGAAACUAAUGGCUAUGCUGAGAAAAACGAUAAUUGCCUUUCUGCAUCGCAUAAAGACAAUGGUUCAAGUAAAAAUGAUGUUGCAAUCCCUAUUGAGUACCCACUGGCAGAGGAUAGCGUGAAAAAUACGAAAAAUUCUGACAGGUCUGAUGACAAAUCACAGUCUUGCUGUACACGACUUUAG